UUCUUUAUCCCCUCUUUGGGCAGGACCCUCUCCCCGUGCACCCCUCUGUGGAGCAGGGUCCCUUCCCCAUCCCCACUGUGGGGUGGGACCUCUCCCUGUGCCGUGUUCUGUGGGGAAGGGACCCCUCUCCAGCCCCUCUGUGGGGCUGGGACGCCCCCAGUGCCUCGUUCUGUGGGGUUGGGUCCCUUCUCCGGCGUCCCUGUGGGUCUGGGAUCUCUCCCUGUGCCUCGUUCUGUGGGGAAGGGCACCUUCUCCGUCCCCUCUUUGGGCAGGUCCCUCUUUCUGUGCCGUGUUCUGUGGGACGGGGCUCCUCCUCCAACCCCCGCCGUGAAGCCGGGACCCUUCCCUGAGCCUUGUUCUGAGGGGAAAGGUCCCUUCUCUAUGGUGUGCUUGUUCUGGGGGCUGGGACCCCCUCUGGAGCCCUGUGGGUCUGAGACCUCUCUCCCUGUGCCUUGUUCUGAGGGGAAGGGUCCCUCCUCCAUCCCCUCUUUGGGCAGGACCCCUCUCCCCGUGCCUUGGCCUGUGAGGCUGUGAUGUGUCCCGGUGCCCUGUUCUGUGGGGAAGGGUCCCUUCUCCAUCCCCUCUGCGGGAUGGGACCCCUCUCUGUGCCUCGUUCUGUGGGACGCGGCUCCUCCUCCGUUCCCGCUGUGGGGCAGAGGCACCCCCUCCUCAUCAGGGGGUCAGGUUGUUCUCCCUCUCUGCUCCACAUUCCCAUGGGACAGGGAUCCCCCAAAGGGCAAUGGAGCAGCCCCCCAUGUCCCUGCAGACCCCUCAAGGGAGACCCUCAGGGGGUGCCCGGGCGGUGCCUUUGGGGUGUCUGAUAGCACUGCAGGGGUGCCAUAAGGUCCCCUCUGUGGGGCGCAGGACAGUCCAGAGCAGGGGACAGCAGGGACUGGGCCACAGGCUGGGAUCACAUCCCCCAGGAGGGGGCUGGGGUGGCACAAAGGGACAGGGACGUGUCCCCACCUGUCCUGCCUGGACCCCCUGGAUGAGGGGGAGCUCUCGGGGGUCCCACGCUCCACUCAGUCCCCGGGUCACCUCUGCUCCUGGUAGCAGCUGGCUGGGAAUCAGACACGUCCCUUUGCUUUCCCGGGGCCGAGACAGGCGGGUUUCUUCAGCUUUAAAAAAGAAAAAAAAAAAAAAAGACAUAAACCAACACCCAGAAAUGGGAAAAGCUGCUUUUUUGGAGUUACACGGGGGCUGCUGUUCCUGCCGUGCCGGCACGUCCGAGCCCUCCCAGCACCCGCCGCUUUGGCAGGGGACGUGCGUGGGUCGCUGGGGACUGAAAACCGGCGGGUAAAAAUGCACCUCCUGCGGUUUUGUGUGAUAUUUGUUUAGUUCAGCCUGUCUUUGUCUCGGCCGGGGUGCCCGGCGGAGAGCGCACACACACACACAUGGCUCUGGUCACCCCCCGAGCGCCGCCGGCUCCGUGGGAUGUGCCAGCGUGUGUGUCCGGGGGUUGUUUCCCCCCCUCCCCUUCCCGUGCACACCUUUGGCAGGAGGUUUUGGAUGACAUCUUGCUCUGGCACGCUCCUCGCCUUUGAUCUCCAGUUUCCUGCCAUGGAUAACGUGUUCGGCAACACGCGAGCCCGGCUCCGCAGCUGCCGGGGAGGGCGAUGCGGGUGCCUCCGCGUCCCGGUUUUUCCCCAGCUGACUCCUGCCUGCAGCUCCCGGCUCUCCUUUGUCUGGUGUGCCGCCAGGACGGGCUCUCACAGCCCGAGGAUGCUCUGAACGGAGCAAAGCCGAGCACAACCACCCCCCACUCCCAUCCCUUUGUUUCCAGGCGUUUGCGGGCUCAGCUGGUUUGAUGCGGCGUUUCGUGUGCCCAGGCAGAUAAACCGACUACUCAAUGUCUUUCCUCUUUUUUUUUUUUUUUUUUUUUUUUUUUUUGUUCUGAGUUAUUUCGGGUGAUUUAGUUUGCAGGGAACAUAUCCCAGCUGCAGGCUGUGCCGGAGGGAUGCGGCAGCUUCCUAGAACGGGGUGAAUUCACCAGAAGUCAUCCCUGGCACCGAACCGCGGUAGCCGCUCGGCAGAUACGUUGGGUUUGCGUGGCUUGGCUGCGUUGCGGCGCCCGUGCGGCCUACCCAUGAGCUCGGACUUCCAGCAUUACAGUUUCAGGAUGCCGAACAUCGGGUUCCAGAACCUUCCUCUCAACAUAUACAUCGUGGUUUUCGGCACGGCCAUCUUCGUCUUCAUCCUCAGUCUGCUCUUCUGUUGCUACUUGAUCAGGCUCAGGCACCAGGCACACAAAGAGCUUUACGCCUACAAACAGGUUAUACUCAAGGAGAAGGUGAAGGAGCUGAACCUCCACGAGAUCUGUGCCGUGUGCCUGGAGGAGUUCAAGCCCAAGGACGAGCUGGGGAUCUGUCCCUGCAAACAUGCCUUCCACAGGAAGUGCCUCAUCAAGUGGCUGGAGGUGCGGAAGGUGUGCCCGCUGUGUAACAUGCCGGUGCUGCAGCUGGCUCAGCUCCACGGGAAGCCGGAUCCCGGCCCCCCGCAGGGCCCCCUGCCCGGGGCCCAGAACAUCGUAUAGUGCCCGCCGGGGCCGGGCCGGGGCCGGGGCCGCUCCCGCCCGCGCCGCUCGGACACAGCCAAAGCGCCGGGGACGCAGCCGGGGAGCCCCCACUCCCCACGGAUGAAGGGCCUGACGCUCGAGCCCGGGCCCGGUUCCUCUGCCGGGGCUCGGAGGGGGCUCGGGAUCCUCAGCACCACAUCCUUCUUCCGGCACAUCCCUUCUCCGGGAAGCAGCGCGGUGGCACCUGGAACGCCCCCCCAGCUCCCGGUGCCUCCCGCGCCCGUCAACUGUGCCCCAAACGCAGCGGGGACCCUGGAGCACCACGGCCGGUCCCUGCUCCCUCCUCUUCGCCUUUGGUUCCUUUGCCUUUGCCAUUCCCACCAGGAAACGGGGUCUGGCCCCGGGAUCGUGCCGCGGUUGGGUGCCCCCUGGGCGCCGGCAGCGGGUGGGGGCUGUGUGGGGUCUCCUGGGUUUGGACUCCCCACCCGCCCUGCCUGGGGGUGGUUGUCCCCCUCCUUGGCUACCUCAGGAGUCCCUGGAACGGGCACCAUCCUGGUGUCACCCAUCAGCAGCGAGAGCCAUGGCAUGGAGGGGGCAGGCAAAAAUCCUGGCUUUUGGGAUCAUCCCAUCGCUUCCAGCCUGGCCCUGGGAGUCUCUGGGCAGCCCCCCAAACCCGCCAUCGGCGUGGGGGGGAGCUGGGCCACCCCCUCGCCUCUCCAGCCACAGAUCUGGGUGUUCCCCGCCAUCCUCACAACUCGUAUUCCCUGGAUUUUGGGCAGGGGGAGGGUGUCAGUAUUACAUGGCAGUGGCUUUCCCGGGUGCAGGGCUGGGGGAGCGCCGGGUGCCGUCCCCCCAUCCCGUAAAUUCCUCCCAGGACUGUUUAUGGAGCGUGGAGCCUCAUAGACGUGUUUGUACACUACGGAUUCUGCAGCAGAAUAUUUUUUAAAACAUUCGCUGUUUUGGUUUUUGGUUUGUUUUUUUUUUUUUUUUUCCUCUUGUUUGUUCGGUUUUUUUGUAAGCUCUAUUUUUGUAUAUUUAAUUGCUAUUUGGAAAUUCUAAUAAUGCGUCUUUUUUGCUAAUCACACUCUUCUUAAGGAAAGGAAACAAAAAGAAAAAAAACAACAACAACAAAAAAAACCCAAACCAGGAGUUCGCAUGUGAUUUGACUUGAAAUGUAAAUAAAAGCAGGUUUUGGAA